CUGCUAGUGCCACAUAAAGAUGCUUUUCCCGGAAUUAGUCUCCGAUGUUCUUCUUCGCCUCCCGGUGAAGUCUCUCCUACGAUUUAGAUGCCUUUCCAAAUCAAUUUCCGCCGAGGUUGACAGUUCAGAUUUCAUCAACAAUCAUCUCAAGAGAUCAACUGAAACAAAAACCCACCAAAAGCUAAUCACUAACGAAGGAUCUUCCUUCUACGCUGCCGAUUUUGAUGACAACCUCAGAGAAUUCACCCCACUCUCCUGCCCACUCAAAUUUCCCCAAAGUGGAACCGUGGUAUGUGGUGAUGUUGUGAAUGGUUUGAUUCUUUUGGGUAUAAUUGUUAAAUUAGAGUUUCCGAUUAUCCGAUUUAUCUUGUGGAAUCCAUUCGCUCGGCGUUAUAAGAAUAUACCGAUUUAUGAAUGCACUAGUUUUAGUCAGUUUAGCAGUUGCAGUCUAGGGUAUGAUUCCACUGUUGAUGACUACAAGAUUGUGAUGAUUUUAAAGUAUUUUAACGCCGAGGGCCUUUCGUCUCAACUCUUGGUUUUUAGUUUGAAAUCAAAUUCUUGGAGAAGGAUUGAAGACACUCCACUGUUUGCGACUGGUAGGGUUGCUUCCACAACUGAUAGUGCUCUUUAUUGGACGUGUUUUGAUAAUGAUAAUAGGGAGGUUAAAAUACUUGGUUUUAACGUUGCAAAUGAGGUACUUUUUUACAUUCCACUGCUGCCUGGCUUUGGUGUCCAUGUCAGCCGGGUUCUUGAUGGUAACCUCUAUGCUUGUAGAAUACCCGAUGAGCCUAAAACUCUAGAGUUCUGCUUGCGAGUGAGUGAUAAGGAUGGAGAAGAAGCUGGAGGUAGUUGGAGGAAAGCAUUUGUAGUGCACAAAGGGGAGCUGGAUGUUGAUUAUCUGAAUAUGCCUUUGACAUAUUCAAAGGAGGGGGAUUGCAUUCUUCUUUUCAAUGUUAUUAGAAACAAGUUGUCUUGGUAUAACCUUGAAAAGGAAACGAGACAGAGAAUAGAUAUUAAUGUUACUGGGAUUCGGAACUUCGACUACGAUGUUUGCUCGGAAAGUCUUGUUUCUCUUGGCAGUGAUACUGCAUUUGAUGGUGAAGCUGAGGAAGUGCUAGUAGACAAAUCAAUCCAAAGCAAAACCGGCCAAAAACUAAUCAUCCGUAACUCUGAUUCCAACGAUUUCUGCCCUGCUAAUUUUGUUGAUGACCUGCAAGUUGCCGCCUCACUCAACAACCCGCCAUCGGUAUCUCCGCUUCACUUCACUUUUGUAUGUCAUUCUUGCAAUGGUUUGAUUCUCCUCAGGAUGAUUGUUCUUGUUGAAAACGAUACCUUCUUCAAUUUUGCCAUAUGGAAUCCAUUCACCAGGCAAUAUAAGAAAUUACCACUUCAUCCAGUGCAAACCCUACCAGCUGGGCAUAAAACAAUGACCGGAUAUGGUUGAGGGUAUGAUUCUACUCUUGAUGACUAUAAGUUUGUGAUGAUUACAGAGGUGAGUCAUGUUUCUUUUCAAGUCUGGAUUUUCAGUUUGAAAUCAAAUUCUUGGAGAAAGAGUCAAGAUCUCCUGAUGGUGGAUGAUAAAUGUAGCUCGUGGGAGGGAAGUUUUGCAAAUGGUGCUCUGUACUGGAAAUGGAAAAAUAAUGUUCUUGGUUUUGA